UAGAUAAGCGACUUAAUUCUAUUUUAAAAGUUAAUCAAGAGAAGUUUACGAGUUCUGUUAAAGCUUUUAUUGAUAUUGAUUCGAACUUCUCCGCCUGCCAAGAAACUCUUGAUAAAAUUAGAACUUCCAUACUUCGCUGUAAGCAGCAGUUUUCGGUUCCAAGGGAAAGUAUUAUAGAACUUUGGAAGGCUCAAAAAGAGUACACGGAGUUACUUAGGCUUAUAGAAUUAGUGGAAAAUACCACGAAAGUUCCCGAUCAAAUUAAAAUUUUCCUCGAAGAAGAUCAGUAUUUACUAGCGGCUCAACUAAUGUUUGAAGUAAAAAAAAUACUGGAAACUGAUUUAUUGGGCUUAUACGCUUUAAAAAGUUUUAAGUUAAAGAUGGAGAAUAUAGCUAUCAGUUUUUACGAAAAAAUAUAUGAAAAAUUAUCAGAACUUUUAUACUUGGAAAAAGAGGAUUCUCCUGCUGAUAAUCUUAAAAGCGAUAGUUUAAAGUUAGGAGAGGAAAAAGAUGAAGAUGAAGAAGUUUCUAUAAUCUCUCAGCAUUUGUUAGAGCAUUUAUCUAAGGCACAAGUGCGAACGUCUCAAAUAGAAAAAAUGCUAAUAAAAAUCACACCAAAGCGCAUGAAAGAGGAACAAUUAUUUCAGAUUUUACUGGAAAGUCUCAACUUAGUUGGUUAUCUAAAAGAAUCUAUUCUGCGGCUCGAGCAGCAGCGGCCAAUGGAACUUUCCCGCAUCACUUCCAACGCAGAAAUUAUAAUUAGAGAAAAAAAAUUAGAGUUAUAG